AAAUGUGAUCGCAUAAGGAAGUAGUUCGUCAUGUUUACUGUGACUGCGCUGUAAGUUUAGAAUUUCGUUGAUUUUAAUGUAUAAAAGUGGUUUUGUACCGCUUCUAUGAAGUACGUUAAAGUAAUUGAAUAAACAUUGUUUCAGAAACGUGUUUACAAGUGCGAAGCCUUUUGCGGAUUAAUACAUACGUAGUUUCGUUGUGAUACACUUCAGCUGUUUCCCGCCAAAGAUCGCCAUUAUAAAACACUUUGAGGCGUUGUAUGUGUGGUUUCGCUUUGGAUUUCGUGAUCAAGAAGUGUCAAUUUUCUUGUGUUUGUGUGAGACAAGUACAAUUAUUCAAUAGUGUGGAGUGUUAAGAUAUGUCAGUAUUUCAUCGGGGUGAGGAGCAACGUUGUUUGGACGAACUGAGACACCGCGACGAAGAAGUUAUUGGUAGUUUGUGCAGGUUGAGCGACCGGCCGGCUUCUCCGAGCAGCCACAUGGAGCAGGAAAAACGCAUCAGGCGCGAAAUCGCCAACUCGAAUGAGCGACGGCGAAUGCAGAGCAUCAACGCGGGCUUCCAGUCGCUACGAAUCCUGCUGCCACAUCACGAGGGCGAGAAGCUCAGCAAGGCUGCAAUUCUUCAGCAGACGGCAGAGUACAUCUAUCAGCUGGAGCAAGAGAAGACCAGCCUCCUGUCCCAGAACUGUCAGCUGAAGAGACUUAUCAACCAGCACGAGGGGCAGCAGCAGCUCGAGACUACGUCCACAAAGAAGAGGAAAGUGGACUCCAGUAGUGUCGUGGUCCCUCUUACCGCAGUUCCAGCAACAGUGAGCGAGUCUUCAGAUGAAGGCAUUGGCAGCAUGUCACCAGAGCCGGUGGCAGUCGCUUCAAACGCAUCUGUCGCCACCAUCAAUAGUUUGGACGGCGGAGACCCGAGUCGGGAGAUGAUCGACCUGCGAGUGCAACUUGACCGUGAACGGAGGCUUCGCAUGCAACUGGAAGAUCAGGUGCGCUCACUGGAGUCGCAGCUAUAUCCAGAACGAAUUCGUGAGAUCACACAACAUGUUCAGUUGCAGUACCACCACCACCAGGAAGUGCUGGAGCACUCGACCCCAACAAUCACGGUGGCCGCGUCGUCACAGAGGUGUCGUCGCGAGUCGCAACCGACGCUUCCCACCCAGCCGGCAACACAGGCGGUUGGCAACGGCGACAAUCUCAUCUCUGUAGCUCUUAUGAAGGAGACGGCAGCCGCAGUGGCCCAGUUACAGGUUGUAUCUGCAGCAUCGCUGCCACCUGUGGCACAGAACACCACCAUCGUUUCAACGAGUCCGCUUCGGCUGUCCCUCACGCCACCGCCGGCAAGUCCAGCUCCUAUGGAACCGGAGUCGCCAUGUUCUCCGCCUCCGCCACCCAUCUCUCCUUCCCCGCCGGAGCAGCGUCUGCCGAGCGUUCUGGAAGCGGCCAUUAAAGCUGAACCGAAGGUAGAAGUAGAACGUUUACCAUCACCGACGUCUGCAUCUGAUGAUGUUACGCCGCAAGCCAGGCUGUACUUGGCGAGCACAUCACGGCAAAACCUGGAAACUAUUGUGGAGGCGAUUCGACAUCUGGAGGGUGACCACCUGUUCAGUGAUGACCCUUCGCCACGAUGCGGUCAACAGCAACGCCUCUCGAACAGCGUGAUGGAUGAACCCGCCCAGGAAGUUCCCUUGGCCCUCACCAUGCACAACAAACCCGUAACGCCGCCCACCCAGACGCAGGUAGCCCACCGCCUGCUCAAGGUAGAGAUGAACCCGUUCCUUCAGUUCCACAGUUCGCCGCAGUCGACACAGCAGCGAACGGCGCUUCAGCAGCAGCGUCCGGGCGUCAUCGUAGUCAAGCAGCACACAUGAUUGUGAUGUAACAGCGUUAGAUAAACUACAUGCACCCCAUCCUUACCCCUGUCCCCAGCUCCACCAUUCUCUCCAGAACAGUUUAGUACUUGGAUCAAGGGGGCAGAGUCUGUUGAUGCUGAAAAUUGAGUGCCUAAAUCACAGCUUUUAGCCGUUUGGUCGUCGAAUGUUUUCGAUAGUGCUCACCUGUUAUUACGCCCCGUAUUUCCAUCUGUGCGAAGUUCAGUAAUGGUACUAAUGAGUUGACACGUCAUUUGGUAAAUUGUUGCCCGUAGUUUCAGUUACGUUAUAAAUCGGAUAUCGAUCUUCUUGUUUCAGCGUGCCGUAUGAUCACGCUCUGUGUGCGGAUGUGUGUUUGAAGAAAGCAGAAAGAGGUUUAUACUCAACUUUUGGUACACAGAAUUUUCAUACCCCCUUUAUUCCUGGUAGAUCAACAUUUUCUAUAUGAGGUUAAUGUGUCGUGUGUGUCCCUCCCCUCCCCUCCCCUCCCCGGACUACCUCGUGGAUCAAGUAAAAGUUAACUGUUUCUUUAUCGUUGUAUAUCUGAUGCUUUUUAAUUUUGAGACCCGUGAAGUGGCGGGUCUUUCUAGAAUGUGUGCGUAUGUGGCUCUCCCACUCUGUUGGUUCACGCUGGACACGAAGUACGGGGAUGUUACAUGAGCAGAGUGGUGAUACGGCAGUUGGUGCGAGUCCUCGGUGGUACUUUGGUCUGCUUUGUUGUUACUGAAGAGUUUUUGAACUGACAUGAUUGUGGCAUAGAUUGUACUGCUACAAGCCCAUUUAAAAGAAUUACAGCUAUGAUUCUUUACAACUAACGUUUGCUGCCGUGCCACCGUCACCACACACCGACGAAAACAACGACCCCCCCACCCCUCAGAUCAGUUAUGAACAAGAAAUCAUUGAAGUGUGCGGACCUCUGCACUGUGCUCAGUCGUAACUUCCGAGCUCUGCUUUUGCUUAACUUCGUCUCACUCGAUCAAUCACUGACUGUUAGGUUGGCAGGUUAUUAUGCAAGAGGCGGAGGGCGGGAGGGAGGGGGUCGGUGUUAAGCGGAAGGAGUGGAGUGAAGACUUUGAAACGUAAAUUUCAUUUUCCUGAUUUCAAGUGUAAAAACUGCUUAGAUUUUUAUUGUUAUUUAAAAAAUGAAACAAAGAAUGUGCAAAAAAAUUAGGCAUAGCAUUGAUUUGCCAGUCAUUUUGUCUUCUUUCUAUGUACAUAAUAAAGUACUACUGUUGUAUGUGCUACGGUGAUUUGGCAAAUUGCCAGACUGACAUUAAUGGACAGAUUCUGGAAGUAGUAUUGACGACCGCUAAUCUCCCAAAACUGGCUCUGCACUGUAAGAGUUGCCUACGAACGCUCGAGUUGUAUUUUUUUUCCGCCUUGUUUCGACUUCUGUCCUCGUAUAUAAAUAUAUAUUUUUUGCGUUUGUUUAUAUUCUAUAUAUUAUAUAAAAUUUGCGUGAGUCCGAUUCAGCUUGCGUGUAACUGUAUACGUAUCACUUUUAUUAGUAAUAAUGUUUGAGAUCGUUGGCAGCAGCUCACGUCUCGAUAUCGUGUUUUGUUUUCCAUCAACCUCCGUUGUAGAUCUAUGUUAUUUUCUUCAAGAACUAGUUUAUACUUUAUUAUUCUAAUGACUAUGAUGUAUAAUUAAAGGAAUAUGUACUGGCUACGCUGUCAUAUGAGUGAUGAACGGAUGCAAGGAUGGAUGUUUGGUGAAAAUAUGUAGAGUUGCUAUUAAUCUAAGCGAAACAGUUCCACGAUGUGGGAACAGUACUGAUAAUUAGGUAUUAUUAUCAUUAUCAUUAAUUGUCAUUAAUAUAAUGUCCUCUCUUUUAAGCGCGAUGUUCCAGCAUAGUUUGUUGGGUUCUGACAAGGCGAGGAGAGGAUUCAUUCAGUUUCUCUUUGAAUUGAAUUUUCAUAUUUUGUUGAAGCUUGGGGCUGAUGGAAAAGAGUGUAUUUUUGCAGGGGAUAAGCUGCUUCCCAGCUCUGCCAGUUCUAUUAUUUGCUUAGUUUCAUAAGAGUUCAGACUUUGGGGCAGGGCAGUCACUCUUUUAUUAUUAAUAUCAGUCAUUGUUAAAGAAAGUUCCUUGAAGUGUAACUCGUAUAUCAUAUUAACAUUGAGAUUGGUAGUUGUUGCAUUCUAGUAAGAUAGAAAUGGUGUUUGAGUCGCAGCGAACAGUUUUUAAUGUACAAUAUUUGUGAAAUGUAAUGGUAAAUAAAACCCCCACAUUUAUAUUUCUCAGUCUAGUUUUUAUAGAUUGAAGUGAAGCUUGUUUAUUCUGAUUCUAAAGUUGUGUGAAUGUUGAUUUUGUUUUUUCAAGGGAUGCGGAUGGUUACCAUUAUCUUCACACAUAUCGUUAUAGUUAUUUAAUGAAGGAGACGAUGCAUUUGGGGGCCAUAUUUCUUAAAACUACCAAAUGCUAGCCAAUAAGACACUGGGAACUGUAGAACGUCCAUUCACCAUAUUUAUUCGUGAAAAAGAAUGUAAUAACUACUGAAUAUUGUGUUCAUUAUUCACACACAUUAACAGAUAUUCACUUAUGAUGUCAAAGACUUCACCUCUAAACCCUCCGCCCCCGAAGGUGUGUUUAAGUGCACUGAAAUUUAUAUUAUACAGCAAAUAUAUUCCGUUACUUCUCGUACUGAAUAAAUUUGUUAGGUUUAAAGAACGAUGUCAGAAUUGAUGUUUUAAGAACUAAAUUUUACACACUGAACUUUUAAGUUCUCUCACAUCAUCAUGAAUGUUUCUGGAUACACUUUUACUGUCAUAAUGGUGUUAUAAUUGGCGCCCCUCUCACCCCAGGUUUAAUUGCUGUGAUGUAUUAUAAAUAAUUAUUAUUAUUAAACUUGUAAUGAUAAGGAGGAGUAAUUCGUAAUUCUUUGCUCAAAAAGCUCUGGUCUAGAGUCUGUAAAACUAUUCCUGCUAAUGGGGUGUAUUUGAUACAACAGCUGGUGGUGGGUCUGUCCACGCACUACUCGGGUAGGUAGUGCUGCAAUCUGUUGGGCAGAUGCCAGACACUUCCCACGCCUCCACAAUGGUGACAUUAGUUCCAGAACCUCAACAGGCUGUAUGAAGUAAGUUGACUUUUUAAGGCUACUCCAACAAGAUACUAAUGCCAGUUGGAUUUGUGGGUACGUCACUUGGCUGUACUUCUUUGCCUUUUAUUUUCCCAUGUGGUACAUUCUUAUUGGAUUUGUUCAGAUAUAUAAAAUUUCCAAAGAAAUUUAUAUUCAAAUUAUAAGUGAGGCACUUAGCAAGUCCCUGAGACUGGGACUUUUCAAACUCAAUAUUAGAAUUUCAGUUUCCUGUUAAUGCUGCUACAGACUAGAGUGUAGCACAUUUGAUGUGCGGUUAGCUUUGGAAUUAGUGGAGUUGGCCCCAUCUUUCAUUACCAUUUUGUUAAAUUGUGCAUUAAUAACGUGGUUUUUGCGGCGAAACUAAAAUUCUGAGAGGUAAGCACUGGAGAUGAUUCUGAAUGAUUUGUGUUUAAUUGUUUACAUUGACAAAUGCAAGACGACAGCAGAGAACUGGAAUUGUCACACAAAUUGGUUGUAUUUAUUCAGUUUAUUUCAUACGAUAACAAAUUCUAGUUUUUGGUUUACCUACACUUGUGUGAGCUAUAUAUAUAUUGUUUAUGUAGUUCGGCUUGUGAGUCAUUAGGAGGUUAUGUUUACCAAAUAGUAAAGUUGCAAAUCUGCAAAAAAAUGAUGUUUUAAGGAGUGGCAGAAACUAUUUACAUUGUCAGAAAGAAAAAUUGUAGUUGUGUGGUAAUUUUUGCUUAUUCAACUUCAAGAUUCUUUUGCCAUUCCCAAAAAUAUUGCAUUUCUGUAGAUCCGCAAUUUUCUCUUCGGAUUGACUCAUUGUAAUAAAUUGUUAAAUUGUCUUGUAAUUUUUAUGUUAAAAGCAUUUUUACGUAUUGUAGUAAGACUUGCCAUCUUAAACUUUCUUUCUUUUGUACAAGUUUCAUAUUUGUGGACUGGGAUCACUUGACUUUUUUCAGUAUUUUUUUAUUCUACUUGUGCACAUUGUGGUGUUCCACGUGACAUCCGCUUAUGAUAUUUAAAAGUAGGGAACCAUGUACAGGAAGAUGGAGCAGAUAAUGGAUAAGAACAAUAUUUCAUUUGCAGCAAAGUAAUCCAUUUUCUUUGGGAUCAUUUUUGGUACCCUUUGGGGUGAAGUUUCAUAGAUAAUAUUAAACGUAAUAUUAGUCAUAUUACUAUGGGUGUUUUGAAAGUUGUUUAUACAGUUUGUAAGUUAGGACCUUAGCUCAAUUUUACAGGCAAUAUAGGCUGAUAUUUUACAAAGGAAAGCUGGAAAUGGGACACAUUGAAUUCAUAACAAAGUACUGGUACUCUUCCUAACAUAUUUGUAUUGGAAACAUCAAACACAAACCUGCAUUAGAAACAAAACUAUUUUGAUUUCCCUCGUGCUCCAGAUUAUGAAAUUCUUGCCGUAUAUUCAUUUCUGUUUUACAUUCAAAGUUUAUAAUUUUGGAUGAGUUGCGUAUCUGUAACUGGCACUCCGUUAUGUUUUGAACAUAACUUCUUUCAUUCAUUAGGUGAUCACUUUCUGUUGUGUAUAUGGUUGCCUUUGCCUUGGUUCUUCACUCUCAUGAACAUGGCAAAAUAUUUGUUUAUAUUGGUAACACUGUAUUUUUGCAGUACAUCAUUUUGUAAAGUUAGAAAAUGGUUUGAAAAAUAGUAAAUGAUUCAGUUACUGAAUUUCAUAUGGUUUUUCUAGUCCAGUACUCUAUAUUAUUUCAACAGGAAUGUAAGUGUGCAUUUGUAAUUGUUAUAAAAAUUGACCAAGGUCCUGUCUGCUUUAUGACAUAGGGCAUUGCCAGGUGCAGCCUGUUGCUGUAAUAUGGAGAAACAGCACUGAUAAAGUGAUGAAAACAAACAUUAACAUGUUUUUAUAAACCUCGCAAGUCUGACUGCUUUUGGGUAUCGAAAAAAUGUGCACAGAAGGUUGCGCCUAGAGAAGUACAAAUCAAAAGAGGUGUUCGCACUCACAUUUAUUUCGUUGUCUCAAUUUUGUGGCUUCUAUUUGUGUUGCCUGUAAGAACAUCAGUGACAUCAUAAUUAAAAAGUAUGUAGACAAAUA